AUUAAAUUUCUUGGCUCACGUCAUUCCCAUUCCUUAAACCCCAAGCUCAGAGGCUCUCUUCCUUCUCUCUCCAAAACCAGGGUUUUAGUUUUCGUUCACCAAUUCUAUUCCUGGUUGUCUAGGCCUUCCAGACCUUCUCUGCCUCCUGUGGAGUAAUGUGCCACGUACACAACAAUGACGAACGAGUGAGCUCUCUGCUAAUGGAUUUGGAAUCAACCAUGGUGAGCUUAAGAAGACAGAAACGCUUGAGGCCAUGCUCUGGAAGUAGUUCGGGUGUAGCUUCACUUCCUGGUUUUUGUGACAAUGGAACUUCUCUUCAAGCUUCUACCCAGGAAAAACCUGAUAAUGUGCAUCUCACACCUUCAAACAAUGUAAAUCAAUCAGAGGAGGCGUAUGCUGACUGCGGUCUGAAGCAGAACUUAGCUCACCAUGCCCUUGCCUCCUGCGGCUCCUGCCUCCAUAUUGCUAUGUGGCUAAGGGUUACUGGGGAUGCCUCUAAGGAGCGAGAUGAAGCAAUAGCUCGUGUUGCAGAGCUGGAGAAAAGAGUUGGAAACUUUGUAGAAACCACUACCAAACAGGAGGCAGUAAUCGAGUUUAUGAGGCAACAGGUCCUGGAAUACUCUAGCAUGAAGAGGGAGUAUGAGUCCAAGCUUGAUGGUUUGUUAAAUGAUGUUAGUCAGCAGAGGCAGAAGGCUGAAAUGUGGGAGAGUAAGUGCAAGGAGCAGGAGGCCUUGCAUCAGGUUAAGGCUACUCGUCUGGAGGAGUUUUCUUGUCACCUGGAAGAGGUCUUGAAGCAGCUUGGGGAGGCCAAUGCUGACCUUUCUGAGGUCACUCAGGGCCUUCAUGUGGCUAGGGAAGGUAUUGAGAAGAUCACAGGUACCUUUACUCAGGCUGAGGUUAAAGUGAAGCAGCUCCAGAAGAGCUGUGAAAUGUAUAGGGUGCUUCGUGACAUGGAGAAGGAAAAGCAUACCAAAGUAAGGACUGCUCCAAGUGCUGAGCUCAAGGAGGAUCUCCAGAGGAACGAAAACCAUAAGCAGAACAAAGAUGGUAACAUGCUAACCAGGGAGAUGAUCAAAGAACUAAAAAAGCAGGUGAUGAGGUGGUCCCAAGAAAAGUUUCAGGAGGAAGGUGAAGACCGGGACAUGGAUGGAGAGGGCUCUAAUGCAUCAAGGGAACAAGUGGAGGGUGGGGAUGCUCUGUCUUUCUGGACGAUUUGCAAUCACUGCAAAAUGUACGUUGAGUAUCAUAGGAUUUAUCAAAGUAACUUUCUCCUUUGCCAAAACUGUCACAAUGCUUUUAAUGCUUUAGAAGUUGCUCCACCGCCACAGGUUUCCAGGUCAUCCAGUAGGUCUUCUCUCCAGCAACAUUAAAAUUCAACAGUCCAUUCUUCAUCAAAGGGGAAGGGUCCUGCUGCUGCAUAGGUGGAUAGAGAAGUGGACCUCCAUGAUGCUAUAUGAGCUAGUUUAGAUUAAUCAAAAUUGGAAACAAAAGCCAUGCUUUAGCAACCUAUUUUCUUGUCUUAUAUGACUGACUAAUUCUCUCCAAGCAAAUCCCUGUUUGAUUACUUUAGUAGUGGGAUCUGCAUGGUACAAUAACAGAAUUAUCAAAGAAAAAUUACUCAUUAGCGUAGUUUAUUAAGUCAGUGCUUAGUUCAUAUUAUCAAACACAUGAAAGAUUAAAUUUAUUAAAAGCUAACCCAAUCUGGAAAUUA